GUUCAAAGGAUAAGGCUCAACAGCGCCCCCCAGCAGUGGAGAUAUGUUUUUUUCUGAGCAAAAUCUAGCAGAUAUUGCCUCCAGAGGUUCAAGCGCAAGUGAGCUCAUUUCAUCAGACUGGUUCAAAGGGCCACAGUUUCUGUGGAACAAAGAAAUCCCUCCAGCUGCAGAGAUCGACAUGAACUUACCUCUCGGAGGUCCAGAGGUUAAAAGGGUACACGCUCUGAACACACUCAAAACAGAGAUGAAAGAUUUAUCAGACAAGUUGACAAAGUUUUCUUCUUGGAACAAAGCUACUCAAGCCAUUGCUCGACUGAUUCGCUGUGCCAAGAGAGAUAAAACAACAGGACACAGUACAGUACAAGAAAGACAAAACGCACAAUGUGUCAUUCUAAGGGAUGUACAAGCAAGUGAAUAUAAAGAGGAGAUAAAGAUGCUCAAACAUGGAAAGGCACUUUCUCACAAAAACAGACUGUUUCAGAUGGACAUUUUUCUUGAUAGUGAUGGACUCCUUAAGGUGGGAGGAAGGCUCAAGGCUGCUUCUUUCUCAUCCACACUGAAACAUCCAAYGCUAGUUCCAAAAGGUCACCAUGUCACUCAGCUAAUAAUUGCUCAUUUCCACAGUAAAGUGCAACACCAAGGGAAAGGACUGACAAUCAAUGAGAUCAGAUCAAAUGGAAUUUGGAUUCCAAGCAUCAAUAAAGUCAUAGCAAACUUUAUCCACCAAUGUGUAAAGUGUCGCAGACUCAGAAGAGGAACRGAAGAACAAAGAAUGUCUGAUCUCCCAACAGAACGUUUGGAUCCAACGCCGCCAUUUACMUUUUGUGGAAUGGACUGUUUCGGUCCCUUUCUAACCAAACAAGCUCGCAARGUGAAUAAGCGUUAUGGACUUCUUUUUACAUGUCUUUGUUGCAGAGCAGUGCACAUAGAAAUGUUAGACGACAUGACUACAGACGUCUUUAUCAAUGCACUUCGCUGUUUUAUAGCCAUAAGAGGAACGGUCAGUGAGAUUAAGUGUGAUCAAGGAAGCAACUUUGUGGGAGCUAAAAAUGAACUGCAGGAAGCUUUAAAACAAGUGGACUCUAACCGCAUUACUGCAUUUCUGGCCGAGAAACAGUGUGACUUCAAAAUGCAUACACCUCAUUCARGCCAUACAGGAGGUGUAUGGGAGAGGCAAAUCAGAACAGUUCGAAACAUUCUGUGCUCAACYGCUUCACUUUCAUCAGGCAGAAUGGACGACACAUCUUUACGGACAUUCUUUUAUGAAGCAAUGUCGAUUGUGAACAGCAGGCCUCUUACAGUGGACAACYUCAGUGACCCAAACAGCCCAGAACCGUUGACCCCAAAUCACCUGCUCACUAUGAAGUCAAAGGCAGCCCUGCCCCCUCCAGGAAAAUUCAUCAAAGAAGACAUUUAUGCCCGGAAAAGAUGGCGGCAGGUGCAGUACCUGUCAGAGCAGUUUUGGUCACGUUGGAAAAGGGAGUAUCUAGCCAAUAUCGCAAUAAGGCAGAAAUGGCACACACCAAGGAGAAACUUGAAAGUUGGAGAUGUUGUCAUGGAGAAAAUGGACGAUUUACCUCGAAGUGAAUGGAGAUUAGCACGAGUAGUGGACACRACAUCAGACAAUGAUGGACUUGUGAGAAAGGUAAAAAUUCRUUUUGGAGAACGAAGAAUGGUAAAAGGACACUUAUAUGGAAGACCAACCAUUGUUGAACGUCCAGUGCAGAAACUGGUCUUGCUUCUAGAGACUGCUUGACAACUCAUCUUUUCUAUUGAUAAUCUUCACWGAUUAAAGUUUAUGACUUUUGCAUUUAUGGACUACUUUUCAAAGACUAAGGUUAAAGGUCAUUUCUUCAUGGAAAAUCAUUUUUGCUACAUUCCUGGUUGUCAUUUAAGCCCUAAUGAUUUGGUGGGAGUGUAACAGACCUGCAAAUGUUUUAUUGUGAAAUUUGUUCUUUAUUUGUUUACUUAAUUUACUAUUGAGGUCGAUGCUUUUAUUUUGAAGGACGUUUUACAGAGCGACGUGCAGGUGCCAUAAAGUAGAACUAACUGUGGUAAAAUGCUGUAAUAAGUUUAACAUGAGCAGAAAACGUGUCUUCCCUGUGACUGAACUGAAGAAGAGAGAAAAUGUCAUCUAUUGAAUAAUUUACAGGUUCUUUAGCACCUGGUUGAUA